AUGGUGGAGCCUGCACAUCACGUGAUUGCACGAAAAAAGCUCGCUGUGGGAUGGACAUGGUCUUUGGAAGACAAGGGCUGUGAAGUGCAGGAAGGAAAAGCCGAGUCCUACAACUCGGACUGUGACUCCUUCUGCGUGGUGCGCAACCCGCUUCACCGCUUCCUUAGUCACUGGAGGUGGAGACACGUGCAGGACAAAGCCGAGAAGUGUUCCGCCGAGUUCCUGGAAAAUUACACGAAGGAGAAGCUGACCCGGGCACGCGCACAAGACGUGCUGCUCGAAGACUGCCACUUCGUGCCGCAGGUCCACUACGCCUACAAGAAAGGCGACUCCUCCGGCCCUCGCAUCUGCAAGCACAUUCUCAAGCUCGAGGAGCUCAGAGAAGGUUUCGACCUGCUCAUGGCGAGUUACAACCUGACGAAGGUGAAGCUGGGCACGCGAAAAACUCGCACGAGCCCAGCUUGCAGCAUCACCCCGACAGCAGCAACGCUACAGAUGAUCAAGGAAUUCUAUGCAGAGGACUACAAGGCCUUCGGCUACUGA